AAUUUUGAUAUACCACUGAAAUGCAAGACAAAAUGUUGACAAUUUCCCAGGGUGUGACAAAUAUAGCAAUGUCACUAUAAAUGCUAUAUUUGACAUUGUAAUUGGAAUUAAAAUGCUAAAUGUGCUAAAAAUUUGACAAUGACAUCCUAUUUGCCGAUCUCUAUGGGGAUAGUUUUUGUCAUUCAACAUUUAACCAAAAAAGAGGGCAGAUUGCAUAUGUUUUGUUGUCUCUAAUGAGUCUGGAUGGAUGAUCUUUGUCCUUGAUAAGUAAGUAGUUUUGUAUGGAAGUAAAAGAGAGACACAAAAGUUAUGGAAGAAAAAAUGUGUGAAGCACACGUGCAACAACAACCUUAAAUUUUUUGCAAGUAGAAAGGCAGUCAACAGGGGAGAGAGAGAGAGAGAAAGAGAGAGAGUUGACCGGGCGUCUUGCGGGUGAGCUACCGGCCCAUCUCUCACACGCUCUACAGCGUUGAAUUCUUUAAUAUAAUCAUGCGCCUUUGAUGCCUCUUGUUCAUGACCAUGCUAACUCUUCCUUAUAUAAUAAGAAUUUCCCUUUCACUUUCACUUACAAUAAACAAAAUAUAUAUAUAUAUAUAUAUAUAUAUUAACACACCCAAAAAUCAAUUCCUUUCCUUCUCUAUUUUGCUUCUUUCCUAAUUCAAAAAUGCUACAUUUUUAAUCCUCUUUUUUUUUUUUUUUUUUUGGUUUUCUAUAAUCGACCUCAAAUUCGGUUCUCUUUCUUUUAUAUCUCUUAUUUCCUUGGUUCAUCUUUUAUUGUCCAAAACUUGGUUUAUUAUUAGACCAUUUUACUACUUUGUUAUUAUUGCUACUACCACUUUGAACGAGAAUUAUACUCAGAAAAAACCUCAAAAGAAAUGGGUCGGAUUCCUUGCUGCGAGAAGGAUAACGUGAAACGGGGACAGUGGACUCCUGAAGAAGACAACAAGCUCUCUUCCUACAUUGCCAAACAUGGCACUCGCAACUGGCGCCUUAUUCCCAAGAAUGCCGGUCUUCAAAGAUGUGGUAAGAGCUGCAGGCUGCGAUGGACUAAUUACCUUCGGCCUGACCUUAAGCAUGGCCAAUUCUCAGAUGCAGAAGAGCAGACCAUAGUGAAGUUUCACUCCAUCGUUGGCAACAGAUGGUCCAUCAUUGCUGCUCAGCUGCCUGGCCGUACCGACAACGAUGUCAAAAACCACUGGAAUACCAAGUUAAAGAAGAAGCUUUCAAGCAUGGGCAUUGACCCUGUAACACACAAACCCAUUUCCCACCUCAUUGCAGAGAUUACAACAACACUUGCACCACCACAGGUAGCUCACCUUGCAGAGGCAGCCCUCGGCUGCUUCAAAGAUGAAAUGCUCCAUCUCCUUACUAAAAAGCGCAUCGAUUUCCAGCUCCAGCAAUCGAAUGCAGCACCUGGAAACACCCAGUCCAAUUACAUAAACAGUAAGCAGGAAGAAAAAGAUGACACAAUCGAGAAGAUCAAGCUUGGUCUAUCAAGGGCCAUCCAAGAACCUGACAUACUACCCCCAAACAAACUAUGGGAUUCUCAUGGACCGACAUUCUCAAAUUUCACAGGGACAUGCACUACUUUCCCUGCAUCGGGAUUUCAGUAUGGUCCAUCAUCUUUUAGCAACGAAGAGGAUGGAUCACCCUGGAAUCAGAGUAUGUGUACCGGAAGCACAUGUACAGCAGGAGACCAGCAGGGUCAGUUGCAGGACAAACAUGAUGAAAACGGACUGGAAUCCGAGGGUGGAAAAGAGAUCAGAAACGGAUCGAUUAUAUUUAACUCAGAUGGUGUCUUGUGGGAUUUACCUUCUGAUGAUCUAAUGAAUCCAAUAGUCUAACGGAAAACAUAGAGAUAAACUUAGGAAUGCAAUAAUAACUCCCUACUUGAGAAAAUAAUAAGUGGCAACGAUGAAAAUGUAAAUAAUGCUCAUUUUAUAAACUGUGAAGGAAAAAAAUAUAUAUAUAGAUUAUUACAUAAUAUCUUGCUAUCACUUCUCAAUCAAUGUGUAACAACCAUAUCUAUUUUCUUACUAUAAAAUACAAAUAUAUUCUCUAGAUCAAGCAAAAUAUGACGAUGAGGAGGAUGUGUCGGCAAGAACCUGCAGUAAAAGAAACAAGUAAUAAAAGAGAUCAAAAUAAUCAAAGAAAAGGUUUAUUUUCUGGGGGGGG